CUCACUUUCUUUCUUUCUCUCUCUGUUUAUGUGAAGUGGAAGAAUCAGCUGUCUCAACGGUCUCCUUUCUUCCCCUUUUCUCUUCCGAUUCACUGAUUUUUUUUCCAAUUAUCAAACCCUAAUUUCAACAAUUCCCCCAAAUCAGAUCAAUUUGAUCUUCAACUCUCCAAAUCACUUCAACAUUCACAUAAUUUGUUAAUCUUUCUUUCACAUCUGAUUCAUCGAUUUUAAUCCAAAAGAUCCGAAUUUUGAUUUCAUGGGUUCCGUAGAACCCUAAUUACUGGAAUCGGAAUUCAGUGUUGAUCGAAAUUCAGUAGGAGAGAGAAAGUAGAGCCAUGUUCUAUGGGGCGGUGGUGUGGGACCCAUGGUUGAUCGUCGCUCAAAUUGUGUGUUUGCAAUGUUUGUAUUAUGUAACACUGGGGUUAUUGCUUGCCCUUUUAGUUGGCACUAGGGUUUCCAGAAUGAGCCUCUUUUAUUUCUUCGAUUUCGCCGCUGUUACUGCUUCUACCGUCACUGGUUGGUGUGUCAUUGCUUCCUUCCUCCUCACUUCCCUUGCUGGAGCUGGCUAUCUACUGUAUCUGGUUGAGAGGGCAAAAAAGUGCUUAGAUUUUUCCGCAACUAUCUACAUCAUCCAUCUCUUCAUUUGUGUUGUGUAUGGUGGAUGGCCUUCGUCAUUUACGUGGUGGAUUGUUAAUAUUGCUGGACUUGCAGUUAUGGCAUUGCUUGGUGAAUACUUGUGCAUAAGACGUGAACUUCGGGAGAUUCCUAUUACUCGUUUACGUUCAAAUGUAUGAUUGACCGGAAAAAACCUAUCUGUGAGAGAAAUUGUUAUUCUUAACUUGGAAUUGGUGGCUUUGCUCUCUGAGGCGCUUGUGGAGGAAACUUAAGUAUAUAUAGAUUAUCAAGUUAUAUUUCAUGAGGAUGGAUUGACUGGAGCGCUUUACAUGGAGCUCUUAUUGUUUUAGUUGAUUCCACAUGGGGGCAGCACUCAGCAAGAGUUAAAGAGGUAUUUGGAAACAUAGAUCUUUUGCUGUUACUAGGUCGCAUAGCUUUCCAAGAACUUGUAAAAUAUCUAGGCAUCUUCUCAAGAGGAUCAAUUAAUUGUUCAGAUUUCAUCAAAUCAAAUCUCAAAUGGCUACAUUGGUUCAUUGGUUGUGCAUUGUUUUGGGCCGUUAUUUUUUCUUGACAAUAGAAAAUCUUUGGUAUUGCUGGCAUGAACUCCUGUACAACUUUUGGCUUUCUUUGUUUGUCUCUGUUUUUUGUGCAUGCA